CGUCCCGCCCGGCUAAGCCCGGCGCGCCGCGCUCGAGUGGCCGUUCCUCCGCCAACGGGUGGCGAGGGCCCGGGGAGUGCGGACGCCGGGCGCCGGCCAUGGCUCCCUGGGCGGGGGCCGAACUCUCGGCGCUGAAUCCGCUGCGUGCCGUGUGGCUCACGCUGGCCGGGGCCUUCCUGCUGACCCUACUGCUGCAGCUCGUGCCGUCCGGCCUGCUUCCGGGCUGCGCGCUCUUCCAGGACCUGAUCCGCUAUGGAAAAACCAAGGAAGGGGCGCCGUCGCGCCCGGCCGCCUGUCGGGCCUUUGAUGUCCCCAAGAGGUAUUUUUCUCACUUCUAUAUCAUCUCAGUGCUGUGGAAUGGCUUCCUGCUUUGGAGCCUUACUCAGUCUCUGUUUGUGGGAGCACCUUUUCCAAACUGGCUUCAUCAUUUACUCAGAAUUCUUGGGGCUGCGCAAUUCCAAGGGGAUGAGCUCGUGCUGUCUGCGUUCUUAGCGCUAGUGUUUCUGUGGCUGCACAGCCUACGAAGACUCUUCGAGUGCUUCUAUGUCAGUGUCUUCUCCAAUGCCAUGAUUCACAUCGUGCAGUACGGUUUUGGACUUGUCUACUAUGUCCUUGUUGGCCUGACUGUGUUGAGCCAAGUGCCAAUGGACGGCAGGAAUGUCUAUGUGGUAGGGAAAAAUCUCUUGAUGCAAGCUCGGUGGUUCCAUAUCCUCGGAAUGAUGAUGUUCAUCUGGUCAUCUGUCCAUCAGUAUAAGUGUCAUGUCAUUCUCGGCAAUCUCAGGAAAAACAAAGCAGGAGUGGUCAUUCACUGUAACCACCGAAUCCCUUUUGGAGACUGGUUUGAAUAUGUUUCUUCCCCGAACUACUUGGCAGAGCUGAUGAUCUACAUUUCCAUGGCUGUCACCUUUGGUUUCCACAACUUAACUUGGUGGCUCGUGGUAACAUAUGUCUUCUUCAGCCAGGCCCUGUCUGCUUUCCUCAGCCACAAAUUCUACAAAAGCAAAUUCGUCUCCUACCCGAAGCACAGGAAAGCUUUCCUACCAUUUCUGUUUUAAGAUAAUCUCAGUUAUGAGGAAUGCACACCAGGUGACAGUUUCAAUUCCUAAGGACAACGAAGUCUAGAGACCAAAGUACAAUUUCUGUAGAACUGUUUGAAACUGCCUGGUCCAUUUCUGUUACCAGAAGUCUUCACUGCAUGAGCAAAGCAAUACUGCUCAAGAAAAUGAGUCUUGGGACUUCCCUGGCAGUCCAAUGGUUAAGGCUCCGCACUUCCACUGCGGGGGGCAUGGGUUCGAUCCCUGGUUGGGGAACUAAGAUCUCACUUGCUGCUCAGCGUGGCAAAAUAAAUAAAAUUUUUUUAAACAAUGGAAGAAA